GAGAGUGGCGUCCUACGCUUCCCCAGUGCCGAUGAUGAAUAGCAACUAGCGCGGCAUCAGGAGGAGGAGCAGCGGCCGCAGACGGAGAGCGAGCAGUUGUGCUACAGCGGUAGUUCGGGAUUCGGCUUUCUGUCUUUUUUGACCACACAGUUGAGAGAGAAAUUACAGAUCCGUAAGGAGAGAGGGGGAGAAAGAGAGAGCGGGGAAGGGGGGAAGAAAAUACAGGAAGAUGGCGGCCGCGGCCUCGCCGGGCUCCUGCUCGUCUGCCUCCUCGGACUGGGUCGUGCUGAGGGACGGCUGCUUGCGCUGCGACGAGGAGGGCCUGCGUAGCCUGUCCUACCACCCGGCACUUAACGCCAUCCUAGCCGUCACAAGCCGUGGCGGCAUCAAAGUCAUCGACGGCACGUCAGGGGCCGUCCUCCAAGCGUCGGCCUUACACGGAGGGACUGUUGUCGAUACUACCAUGGAAUUGGCUGAAGGAGCUGAAGAGUCCUGUUCUGGGAUGACCUGUUCAGAGAAGCCAACAGGCCGCGUGAAGUGUCAGUACUUCCCAGCAGUGGACAAAGUACUGUUUGUGGAUGACUACGCAGUGGGCUGCCGGAAGGAUCUAAACGGCAUCCUACUGCUGGACACGGCCCUGCAGGCUCCCGUCACCAAGCCGGAGGAUGUAAUCCAGCUCGAGCUGCCUGUCACCGAGGCCCAGCAGCUCCUCUCAGCCUGCCUGGAGAAGGUGGACGUGUCCAGCAUGGAGGGAUAUGACCUAUUCAUCACGCAGCUGAAAGACGGGCUAAAAAAUACCUCACAUGAGACAGCAGCCAAUCACAAAGUGGCCAAGUGGGCAACGGUAACUUUCCAUCUUCCACACCAUGUGCUAAAACUGGUCGCUGGUGCCAUCGUGAAUGAGCUGAAGAAGAUAAACCAGAACGUCGCUGCCUUGUCUGUGGCCUCGUCCAUCAUGGACAGGCUCUCCUACCUCUUACCGAGCGCACGACCCGAGCUGGGAGUGGGCCCCGGGCGCUCUGUAGAUAGAUCGCUAAUGUACAGUGAGGCUAACAGAAGAGAAACGUUUACAUCGUGGCCCCAUGCUGGCUACAGGUGGGCGCAGCCCGACCCCAUGGCCCAGGCGGGGUUUUACCACCAGGUAGGCAGUCCGGCCUCCACUGGUGACGACCGGGCCAUGUGCUUCACCUGCAGCGUGUGUCUGGUCUGCUGGGAGCCCACCGACGAGCCCUGGUCGGAACACGAACGACAUUCCCCCAACUGCCCAUUUGUGAAGGGUGAGCACACGCAGAACGUCCCACUAUCCGUCACCCUGGCCACCAGCCCGGCCCAGUUUCCCAGCGUGGACGGCUCCGAUAAGAUUGCCUGCUAUGGCUUUGGCAGUUGUCCGCACUUCCUGGCGGCCGCCACCAAGCGAGGGAAGAUCUGCAUAUGGGACGUGUCCAAGCUCAUGAAGGUGCACUUGAAGUUUGAGAUCAACCCAUAUGACCCAGCGAUCCUACGUCAGCUGAUCCUCUCGGGAAGUGAGCUGGGCCUGGGGAUGGAGUCCAGGAGACCCACAUUAGCCUGGCUGGAGGACUCUUCCAGCUGCUCAGAUAUCCCGAAACUUGAGGGAGACAGUGACGACCAGUUGGAAGACUCAGACAGCGAAGACCAUUCCAGAUCGGAGUCUGUGACGGGCCACCCAUCCCAGAAGGAGAGCAUGGAGAUGAAUCUGGCUGUGACGGCGCUCAGCGUCCUGCAGCAGCCCGAGAAGCUGCAGUGGGAGGUUGUAGCCAGCGUACUGGAAGACACAGUCAAGGACCUGGAGGAGCUGGGUGCCAACCCCUCGUUGGCCCAGGUCAAGGCUGACAAGGCCAAGGAGAAGUCGGUCGAGCACCACAACAUUCCCUUCCCGUGCCUGCUGGCUGGCGGGCUGCUGAGCUACCGCUCGAUAGCUGCGUUGCAGCGCCGCCCACAGGAUGGCCCUGCCAGAACUCGGAGCCCUGAGGCGUCAGCCAACCGGGGCCCCGUAGAGAUUGAUGGCUGUGGUGCUGAACUUGGCGGCCCUUCGGUGCUGCAGAGGACUAUGCCGGUGCUCCUGCUCUAUAGUGUCAAGGAGUCGGAUGACAAGUCGGGCAAGGUGUUUGCCCAGAUGAACAGCCUGAUGAGCAAAGGCCUACAUGAGGAGGCCUUCACUGUGCCCCAGAUCAUCGAGAUGGAGUUCGAUACUCACGAGCAGCUGCUGCUACAGGACCCGCCCAUCACCUACAUCCAGCAGUUCGCUGAUGCUGCUGCCAACCUAGCUGCCCUAGACACCGACAAGUGGAGCUCUGUGGUGCCCAAGCCGGGCACGCUGGUGCAGUGCCUGCGCCUCCCCAAGCUGCUGGAGGAGGAGAACCUGUAUGUGGACAGCAUCACGCCCUGUACGGACGGUCUGCACUUGCUGGUGGGCCUGCAGUCGUGCUCUGCGGAGUCACUCAGUGGCAUCAACCAGGUAGAGGCACUCAAUAACCUGAACAAGCUCCACUCGGCUCUGUGCGGCCGACGAAAGGGCGAGUUGCGGCCGCCAUGCGGCCUGGCCAAUGGGACUGUCUUAGGUGGUAAGGAGCAUGAGGCCCACCCUGGUGGACAUCAGCAGACCCCGCUUAUCCUGCCCUCGGAGCAGCAGAGGGUGGCAGGCGGUGGCUACCUGCUGCUCUACAAGCUGAACUAUUCCACCCGCAUAGUCACCCUGGAUGAGGAGCCUGUGAAGGUGCAGCGUAUUCGUGACCCUCAGGACGCAGUCACCUCGCUGGUGCUCCUCCCUGCCGACGUCCUGGACAGCCGGGAGGAUGACUCUGAGGAGGGACUGGAGGAGGCGUCGCUGGGCCUCAAGAACGGCGGGAGCAUGCCCGCCAAGGAAAAGCGUGGCGAGCCGGCUGGCCUGGGCCACCUGGUCGUUACUACCCAGGGGGGUUAUGUCAUGAUCAUGGACCUGUCCAGCCUGGAGGUCCUGGCCAAAGUAGAGCCGCCCAAGAAGGAGGGAGCCGAGGAGGCAGACCCGUUCGUCUCAGUCACCUACUGCUCUGGGACCGACCGGCUCUGUGCAUGCACUAAAGGUGGAGAGCUGCAUUUCCUUCAAAUUGGAGGUGUAUGUGAUGAUAUUGAUGACGGUGACAUCUUUGUUGAUGGUCCCCUUUGUAAAGGGGUAGAGCAGUUGUCUGAAGGGACAAAGCCAUCCUCGAAUCCUUCUAGUCCGGGGAUCACAGGGGUUGAUCUCCUGGUGGACCAAACCCUGGGUGUGGAGACGUUGACAUCGCUGGUGGAGCUAACUCGCUUCGAGACGCUGACCCCCCGCUUCUCGGCCACGGUGCCUCCCUGCUGGGUGGAGGUGCAACAGGAACAGCAGCAGCGCCGACACCCACAGCACCUGCACCAGCAACACCAUGGCGACGCCGCGCAGCAUACGCGUACCUGGAAACUGCAGAGUGACAGCUCUAGCUGGGACGAGCACGUGUUUGAGCUGGUUCUGCCCAAAGCCUGCAUGGUGGGUCACGUGGACUUCAAGUUUGUUUUGAACGCCAACAUCACAAACAUUCCCCAUAUACAAGUGACCCUGUUGAAGAACAAAGCCCCAGGCCUGGGCAAGGUCAACGAGACUGCCGUGGACCGACCAAUUUCCUUUCCCUUAUCCCACGCUGUGCAUGCCAGUGGGGAAAGGAAUGGUCAGCCGCUGCUUCAGGACUGCUUCUCUGAGGAUGUCCAGUUCAUGGAUGUCGAGGAGACUCCAGGCUCCUGUCUUUGCUCCUUUUUGGAGGAGCACAAGGAGGACAUCCUGUGUGGGCCAGUGUGGCUGGCCGGUGGUCUCGACCUUUCCGGCCACGCGGGGAUGCUGAGUCUGACGAGCCCCAAGCUUGUCAAAGGCAUGGCAGGGGGAAAGUACCGUUCAUUCCUGGUGCACAUCAAGGCCAUGAGCGAUAAGGGUGUGGAGGAGAGUCUCAGGCCUGUGGUGAGGAUGGCCUCUGCCAAGCCGCCCACCAGCAAGGCGCACACACUGUCUUCCUUGCUGCAGAGGGCCCAGGCCACCAAGGACAAACCUUCCACUUCCAAAGUGGAGCCUCCAGCAGCCCUGAAGAAGCCAGACAGUCUCCGUGGCUGUGACCUAUUGCAGGAGGUCUCCAUCACCAUCCGGAGGUUCAAGAAGACCGCCAUACCCAAAGAGAGAGUCCAGCGCUGCGCCAUGCUGCAGUUCUCGGAGUUCCAUGAGAAGCUGUUAAGUAGCCUGUGCCGGCCAUGUGAGGAUGGCCUGGUGACAGAGCAUGCCCAGAGCCUGCUGCUGGACAUCUUAUGCUGGCUGGCGGGGGUCUACUCCAACGGGCCAUGCAGCUUGAGAGAAGGCAGAGAGGAGUUGCUGAUGAAGACCAGGAUGAGGCUGAGCGACAUUGUGCGGGUCUGCUUCUUCGAGGCCGGGCGGAGCAUUGCCCACAAAUGUGCACGCUUUCUGGCUCUCUGUAUCAGUAACGGGAAGGGUGAUCCCAGUCAGCAAGGGUUCGGAGCAGCUCUGCUGAAGGCUUUGCUGGACAACAUGCAUUACUUGCCUGCGGCGGCCACAGGAGGAUCAGUGUACUGGUACUUUGUGCUUCUGAACUACGUGAAAGAUGAAGACCUGGCACUGUGCAGCACAGCCUGCGCUGACCUCCUCACAGCUGUCUCCCGCCAGCUCCAGGACCGGCUUACGCCCUUGGAGGCCCUCCUACAAACCAGGUAUGGCCUGUAUGGCUCGCCCUUCGACCCGGUUCUGUUUGACCUAGAGGUCAGCGGGUCCUCCUGCAAGAACGCCUUCAGCAGCAGCAUCGGCGUGCAGUCUGAUGAGAUUGACUUUUCUGACAUCCUGUCAGGAAGUGGUAAGGUAAACAGCUGUGCCGCGGCCGAGGGGAGCUUCACCGCACUCACUGGGCUCCUCGAGGUCGAGCCCCUGCACUUUACUUGCGUCUCCACUAGUGAUGGCACUAGGGUGGAGAGGGAUGAUGCAAGUAUGUUCACCGUCAGUUCAUUUGGCGUGACACCGGCAGUUGGGGGGCUGUCUGCUGGCACGGUGGGCGAGGCCUCCACGGCGCUGAGCUCAGCAGCACAGGUGGCACUUCAAUCGCUGUCCCACGCUAUGGUGUCAGCUGAGCAGCAGCUUCAGGUCCUGCAGGAGAAGCAGCAGCAGCUGCUGAAGCUGCAGCAGCAGAAGGCCAAACUGGAGGCCAAGCUGCACCAGACCACCUCCGCGGCGGUGGCAGCCGUGGGGCCCCUUCAUAACUCUGUGCCUUCGAAUCCCUCCACUGCGCCUGGCUUCUUCAUCCACCCCUCUGAUGUGAUCCCGCCUACCCCUAAGACCACACCCCUGUUCAUGACUCCGCCUCUGACCCCACCGAAUGAGGCCGUGUCAGCUGCCAUCAGCGUGGAGCUGGCCCAGCUCUUUCCCUGCUCGAUCGCAGAGCCGCCACCCGUCAGCCUGGCCUCCCAUAACAAAGCCACACAGAAAGCCAAGCCGGCGUCUGGGGUUUGUGACUCUCUGCCACAGAGCUCUGCGGGCAGUGGCCUGGCGCUGGCCAUCUCCCAGGCCUCCCAUUUUCUGCAGCCACCGCCACAACAAUCAAUCAUCAUCGAGCGCAUGCACUCCGGCGCCCGGCGUUUCGUCACCCUGGACUUUGGCCGGCCCGUCCUGCUGACCGACGCUCUGAUCCCCACCUGCGCGGACCUCGCCUCCCUGUCCAUUGACAUUUGGACACUGGGCGAGGAGGUGGAUGGCCGGCGCUUGGUGGUAGCCACAGAUAUCAGCACACACUCGCUCAUUUUACAUGACCUGCUGCCCCCUCCUGUCUGCCGCUUCAUGAAGAUCACAGUCAUCGGCCGCUACGGCAGCACCAAUGCCAGGGCCAAGAUCCCAUUGGGCUUCUACUAUGGCCACACUUACAUCCUGCCAUGGGAGGCGGAGCUGAAGCUGAUGCACGAGCCGCUGCGGGGUGAAAAUGAGGCCGCCAAUCAGCCUGACACGGAGCAGCACCUCAGCAUGAUGGCUGCGCUGCAGGAGGAUAUCCAGUGCAGGUACAACUUGGCCUGCCAUCGGCUGGAGACACUGCUACAGAGUAUCGACCUGCCACCCCUGAACAGUGCCAACAAUGCGCAGUACUUCCUUCGCAAGCCUGACAAGGCGGUGGAGGAGGACGCCCGUGUAUUCUCUGCCUACCAGGAUUGUGUGCAGCUGCAGCUGCAGCUCAACCUUGCGCACCACGCCGUGCAGCGCCUGCGUGUGUCCUUGGGUGCUAGUCGACCACCACUGCCCCCAGCACCUGACCCCCAGGAGCUGGUCCAGAACUCGUCCACGGAGCAGCUCCGCACCAUCAUCCGAUAUCUGCUGGACACGCUUCUCAGCCUACUGCACUCUUCCAAUGGCCACUCAGUGCCCCUGGUGCUGCGUGGCACGUUUCACGCCCAGGCCUGCGAGGAGCUCUUCAAGCACCUGUGCAUCAGCGGCACACCCAAGAUCCGACUGCAUGCGGGGCUGCUGCUGGUGCAAUUAUGCGGCACCGAGCGCUGGUGGGGCCAAUUCCUCUCCAACGUGCUACAGGAGCUAUACAACUCCGAGCAGCUGCUCAUCUUCCCCCAGGACAGGGUCUUCAUGCUCCUUUCUUGCAUUGGGCAAAGAUCUCUGAGCAACAGUGGGGUGCUGGAGGGUCUCCUCAACCUCCUGGACAACCUGCUGUCCCCCCUCCAGCAGCCGGCCACAGCGGCACUAUCAUCUCAGCGCAGAACAGAAGGUGUGCUAGACAUCCCCAUGAUCAGCUGGGUGGUGAUGUUGGUGUCGCGACUGCUGGACUACGUGGCCAGCGUUGAAGAUGAGGCCACUGCCACUAAGAAGCACCUGGGUGGGAAGGAUCGCGAGCGUGUUUUCAUUGGGAAUCAGUGGAGCUUCAUCAACAACAGCCUUCAGUCGCAGAGCUUGCAUCGGUCCAGCAAAGGCAACAGCAGCUUGGAUCGACUGUACUCCAGGAAGAUCCGCAAGCAGCUGGUCCACCACAAACAGCAGCUGAAUCUCCUGAAGGCCAAGCAGAAGGCUUUGGUGGAGCAGAUCGAGAAGGAGAAAAUCCAGAGCAACAAGGGCUCUUCAUAUAAACUACUAGUGGAGCAGGCCAAGUUGAAGCAAGCCACAUCUAAGCACUUUAAAGACCUGAUCCGUCUGCGGCGUACGGCAGAGUGGCCACGCUCCACACUGGACACCGAGGCGUCAUCGACAAAGGAACCUGCGGAGGUGGAGCCGCUACCCUUCACAUUGGCCCACGAGCGCUGCAUCUCCGUCGUACAGAAGCUGGCCCUCUUCCUGCUCUCCAUGGACUUCACGUGCCAUGCUGACCUGCUGCUAUUCGUCUGCAAGGUGCUGGCCAGGAUAGCCAAUGCCAGCCGUCCCACAAUCCACUUGUGUGAGGUUGUCAGUGAACAGCAGCUGGAAAGGAUCCUGCUGCUACUCGUUGGAACAGACUUUAACCGUGGAGACAUCUCCUGGGGCGGGGCCUGGGCCCAGUAUUCACUCACCUGCAUGGUGCAGGACAUCCUGGCAGGUGAGCUGUUGUCCCCGGCCACGCUGGAGGGGAUGGACGAGGGGGCGGCAGUUGAGGAGGCUGGGGUGGCCGUGGACUCAGAUGAGACCCUACCACAGCCCACCCCUGUUCCUCUCGGGGAGACCCUUGAUGAGGCCCUGGCCCCCGAUAUCAUCGCAGGUGCAGCACCUCUGGCCUCUUUGGAAAAAGAUAAAGACAUAGACUUUGACUUGCUACAAGACCUCAUGGAUGUUGAUAUUGAUCCUUUAGAUGUUGAUUUGGAAAAAGAUCCCCUCGCUGCCAAAGUCUUCAAGCCCAUAAGCAGCACCUGGUAUGACUACUGGGGUGCUGACUAUGGCACAUACAGCUACAAUCCCUAUGUUGGAGGCAUGGGUGUGCCCGUGUCCAAAUCCCCAGCUGGCCCCGAGAAGCCCGGCUCGCAGAGUCUGUCCAUCUCCGUUUCACAAGCAGCACUGGACGCACGGUUGGAGGUGGGACUGGAGCAGCAGGCAGAGCUGAUGCUGAAGAUGAUGGCCACACUGGAAGCGGACUCCAUCCUGCAGGCGCUCACCGCCUCCUCCCCUGCCGUGACCCAGGCCUCCAGCGGAACGGACGAUGCACUUCUGCGAGGCCUGCAGCCCUCCUCGCAGGGAGGUGGGCUCAUGGUGCAGGUCUCCUCCAUCCCCAUGCUAAGUGCCUGCUUCAACAAGCUCUUCUCCAUGUUGCAGGUGCACCACGUGCAGUUGGAGUCUUUGCUGCAGCUCUGGCUGACCCUCAGCCUCAACUCCUCCUCGGGUGGCAGUGAGGAGAGCACGUCUGACGUCUUUUUGUUUAACUCCAGCCGAGUUCCCACCAUCCCUCUGAAUCAAGCCUCCAUCAGCAGCUUCCUCACAGUCCUGGCCUGGUACCUCAACAUCUCCCUACGGACCUGGUGCCUGGUUCUCCACAGCCUCACUCUCAUGACCAACAUGCAGCCCAGCCCCUCAUCCAUUGGCAUCCUAGGGACCCAUGAGAGCACAGCCCAGCAGAUGGUGUCGGACCCAGCCCUGGUCCACGUUCUUGUGCGCUUCCUUUCUGGCACCGGCCCCUACAGCACCAGCCAGCACAGCUCCCAGGUUGGUCCCACGGCCACGCAGGCUAUGCAGGAGUUCCUCACCAGGCUGCAGGUGCACCUGUCCUCCACCUGCCCCCAGAUGUUCAGCGAAUUCCUGCUCAAACUCAUACACAUUCUGUCCACUGACAGAGGGCCUUUCCAGUCGGGCCAGGGGCCAUUGGAUGCACAGGUGAAGUUGCUAGAGUUCACCCUGGAGCAGAACUUCGAGGUGGUGUCGGUGAGCACCAUCUCGGCCGUCAUCGAGUCCAUCACCUUCUUGGUGCACCACUACAUCACCUGCUCUGACAAGGUGGUGUCACGCAGUGGCUCGGACAGCUCGGUGGGGGCCCGUGCCUGCUUUGGCGGCCUCUUUGCCAACAUCAUUCGCCCAGGAGAUGCCAAGGCUGCAUGCGGUGAGACCACCCGAGACCAGCUCAUGUUCGACCUGCUCAGGUUGGUCAAUGCCCUGGUGCAGCUGCCACUGUCUGGAGACCGUGAGUUCAGCGGCCGCAUGCUGCCCUCCAGCAGCAGUGCCUGCGACAGCGUCUCUGACGAGGAGAAGGUCUGUGGUAGCAAGGAGGCCUCCAGCGCGGGUUCCAAUUCCCCCCAGGGCCCCGCAGCAGGCGUGGCCGACCUGGUGCUGGCCAAUCAGCAAGUCAUGAGCCAGAUUCUGUCUGCUUUGGGCCAGUGCAACAGCAGUGCCAUGGCCAUGAUCAUAGCCCAUGAUGCUUUGCUUCCAGGAGCCAGCGGCCUCCACCUUACCAAGCAUGAGAACUUCCAUGGCGGCCUGGAUGCUAUCUCUGUUGGGGACGGCCUCUUCACCAUCUUGACCACGCUGAGCAAGAAGGCCACUUCCGUGCAGGUCAUGUUGCAGCCCAUCCUUACGUAUAUGGCCUGCGGCUAUAUGGGCAGACAGGGAUCCCUGUCUACCUGCCAGCUUUCUGAGCCCCUGCUCUGGUUCAUCCUGAGGGUGCUGGAUACCAGCGAAGCCCUCAAGGCUUUUCACGACAUGGGUGGUGUACAACUGAUCUGCAACAACAUGGUGACAAGCACACGGGCCAUUGUGAACACAGCACGGAGCAUGGUGUCCACCAUAAUGAAAUUCCUGGACUCUGGGCCAGGGAAGGCAGCAGACGGCAGCCUGAAGGCCCGGGUGCUGGCUUCAGAGCCUGAUAACGCGGAGGGACUGCACAACUUUGCUCCUCUCGGCACCAUCACCUCGAGCAGUCCCACGGCCCAACCGGCGGAGGUGCUGCUCCAGGCCACACCACCGCACCGCCGUGCCCGCUCCGCCGCCUGGUCAUAUAUCUUCCUGCCUGAAGAGGCCUGGUGUGACCUGACGGUGCACCUGCCAGCAGCCGUGCUCCUAAAGGAGGUCCACAUACAGCCCCACCUGGCCUCACUUGCCACCUGCCCCUCCUCUGUCUCCGUGGAGAUCAGCGCUGAUGGAGUCAACAUGCUGCCGCUGUCGGCUCCUGUGGUGACCAGCGGCCUCACCUAUAUUAAGAUUCAGCUGGUGCGGGCGGAAGUAGCGUCGGCUGUGUGCCUGCGCCUGCACCGGCCUCGGGAUGCUAGCACGCUUGGCCUCUCACAGAUCAAGCUCCUGGGUCUCACCGCCUUUGGCAACACCUCCUCUGCCACCGUCAACAACCCCUUCCUGCCCUCCGAGGACCAGGUGUCCAAGACCAGCAUUGGUUGGCUGCGACUGCUGCAUCACUGCCUGACACAUGUCAGCGACCUGGAGGCCACCAUGGCUGGUGCCGCCGCGCCUACCGCCAACCUGUUGCAGACAUGCGCUGCGCUGUUGAUGUCCCCAUACUGUGGCAUGCACUCGCCCAACAUUGAAGCUGUGCUAGUCAAGAUCGGCCUGCAGUCCACCCGCAUUGGCCUCAAGCUCAUCGACAUCCUUCUGCGCAACUGUGCUGCCUCUGGGACCGACCCCGCCAAUCUGAACAGCCCUCUGCUGUUUGGGAGGCUCAAUGGCCUCUCGUCUGACUCCACCAUAGACAUCCUCUACCAGCUCGGUACAACCCAGGAUCCCGGGACAAAAGACAGGAUCCAGGCCCUCCUUCAGUGGGUACAGGAUUCGUCUCGCGUGGCGGCACUGAAACGGAGUGGUCAAAUGGGCUAUGGUGGCCCUGGUGGCCCCGCCCGAGAGUACGGUCUGCUGAUGCCAUCGCCCUCACACCUGCACUGCGUGGCGGCUGUGCUGUGGCACAGCUACGAGCUCCCUGUGGACUAUGACCUGCCUGCGCUGCUCAGCCGGCAGCUCUUCCAGUUACUGUACAACUGGUCCAUGCUGCUGCCCUGUAACAUGGUCCUGAAGAAGGCAGUGGACAGCCUGCUCUGCUCCAUGUGCCACAUCCACCCCAACUACUUCUCCCUCCUCAUGGCCUGGAUGGGCAUCGUGGCCCCGCCCUCUGAGCAGUCACCGGCCCAGCACCGCCACUCCAUGACUGACGAUGGCAAGAAACAACAUGACCUGAGUGCAGCAGCCCAGACAGACGACUCCAAGCAUGCCCGGGCUCCUGUCGUCCUCUCGGAGUGCCAGCUGGCCACAUUGGCAGCCGCCUCCCAGUCAUCGGGUGCCAUAGAGCAGCUGCUGGCCUCUGGUCUGCCGUUGCUACUGGUGCGCAGCCUGGCUGCCUUCUGCUAUAGCCUGUUGUCUGGCUCCGAGGCUCCACACCUUGACCCCUCUGAGCCAGCUGACCGCCCGCGACGGGCCCAGCCCCCCUUCUCUGGACGCCUGCCCCUGACCGCCGACCUGGUUGCCCCUGUAUUGCGGUUCCUGACUGAGGUGGGGAGCAGCCAUGCCAUGAAGGACUGGCUGGGCAGCCCAGAAGUGAAUCCACUGUGGACAGCCCUGCUAUUCUUGCUCUGCCACUCGAGUGCCACCGGCAGCACGCAGGGGCCACAGGGACAGACUCCAGCCUCCGGCUCCCGCUACACCCUUGGUACAUCUGGCCGGGGUGGUGGGCUUACCACCCAGCAGAGGACUGCCAUCGAGAAUGCCACCGUAGCUUUUUUCCUGCAGUGUAUCUCCUGCCAUCCCAACAACCAGCGACUCAUGGCCCAGGUACUGUGUGAGCUCUUCCAGUCAGCCCCCCAGCGCGGCAGCGUCCCCAUCUCUGGGAACAUCUCGGGCUUCAUCCGCCGUCUCUUCCUGCAGCUCAUGCUGGAGGACGAGAAGGUCACAGUCUUCUUGCAGUCUCCUUGUCCGCUGUAUAAGGGCCGCAUCAAUGCCACCAGUCACGUGAUCCAGCACCCCAUGUAUGGAGCUGGCCACAAAUUCCGUACACUGCACCUGCCCAUCUCCACCACCCUGGCGGAGGUCCUGGACCGUGUCUCAGAUACCCCCAGCAUCACAGCCAAGCUGAUUAACGAGCAAAAGGAAGACAAGGAGAAGAAGAACCACGAAGAGAAGGAGAAGAUGAAGGCUGACAAUGGCUUUCAGGACAAUUACAGUGUAGUGGUGGCCUCAGGCUUGAAGUCCCAGUCCAAGAGAGCGGUGUCUACCCCACCCCGCCCCCCUUCACGACGGGGCCGUGUGAUGACUGACAAGCUGAGUUCCUCCUCUGGCAUGGACUCCUCCUCCAAGACCAUCAGUGUGCCUGUCUUUCACCUGUACCACAAACUGCUGCAGGGUCAGCCACUGCCUCCUGAGAUGACCUUGGCUCAGCUGCUCACCCUCCUAUAUGAUCGUAAGCUGCCCCAGGGCUACCGCUCCAUCGACCUGACGGUCAAGCUGGGAUCGAAGGUCAUCUCUGACCCCAGCCUGUCAAAGACAGACUCCUUCAAACGGCUGCGCACAGAGAAAGAACAUGGCGACAUGCUGAGCCCCUGUGCCCCGGAUGAGCCCAUGGGCCCAGGUGAAGAAUGCCUGGAGGCGCCCAUGGAUGACUCUCUGCUGGACAGUAGCCCCAUCCAGUCGCCCCUGCAGGUGUUUGCUGGGAUGGGUGGCCUGGCCCUGAUUGCCGAAAGGCUGCCAAUGCUCUACCCCGAUGUCAUCCAGCAGGUGAGUGCCCCUGUGGUGCCUUCAGCCCCCCAGGAGAAGCCCAAGGACAGUGACCAGUUCGAGUGGGUGACCAUUGAGCAGUCGGGCGAGCUGGUGUAUGAGGCCCCUGAGAGCAUUGCCACUGAGCCUCCGCCUGUCAAGUCGUCAGUGCAGCCCAUGUCACCCAUCCCCGCCCACUCUCUAGCUGCCUUUGGCCUCUUCCUUCGGUUGCCUGGUUAUGCCGAAGUGCUCUUGCGGGAACGCAAGCAUGCCCAGUGUCUCCUUCGGUUGGUGCUCGGAGUCACAGACGACGGCGAGGGCAGUCACAUCCUGCAGUCGCCAUCGGCCAACGUGCUGCCCACACUCCCCUUCCACGUGCUGCGUGCCCUCUUCAGCUCCACACCACUCACCACAGAUGACGGCGUUCUGCUGCGCCGCAUGGCGCUUGAGAUCGGAGCCAUCCACCUUAUCCUGGCCUGCCUGUCCGCCCUCAGCCACCACGCGCCCAGAGUGCCAAGCGCCGGCACCAACCAGGCUGAGCCUCAGGUGUCCAGUGGGCAUGCCGCAGGCACUGGCGAAGAGCAGCAGCUAUACUGGGCUAAGGGCACGGGCUUCGGCACGGGCUCCACAGCGUCAGGUUGGGACGUGGAGCAGGCCCUGACCAAGCAGCGGCUGGAGGAGGAACACGUCACCUGCCUGCUGCAGGUGCUGGCCAGCUACAUCAACCCUGCAGGCUACGUUGGCUCUGGGGAAGCCCCCCCAGGGGAUGCCCGGGGCCACAACAACACCGCCCUGCCUUCAGUGCUCCAGGAGCUGCUUAGCCAGUCCUGCCUGAUCCCGGCCAUGUCCUCUUACCUGCGCAAUGACUCUGUGCUCGACAUGGCGCGGCAUGUGCCACUGUACCGCGCCCUAUUAGAGCUGCUCAGGGCUAUCUCCACCAGCACGGCACUGGUGCCUCUGCUGCUGCCGCUGACGGGCGACUCGGCUGAGCGGGCCGAGGAGGAAGAGGAAGGGGAGGGGGAUGAGCACUCCGAAGGCCAGACCUCUGUGGGCAUGCUGCUGGCCAAGAUGAAGACGUGCGUGGACACCUACACCAACCGGCUCAGGUCAAAGAAGGACAAGAGCAAAGGAGUGGUGAAGGCAGACACCUCGGACCCGGAGCCGGAGGGCCUGACGCUGCUGGUCCCAGACAUCCAGAGGACAGCGGAGAUUGUCCAUGCAGCCACUACCAGUCUGCGGCAGGCCAACCAGGAGAGGAAGUUGGCAGAGUCUUCCAGGAAGGCUGCAGGCCGGCCCAAGCAGCUGUCUAUGCUACGUUCCCUGGAGGACAAGUACGUUGCAGCCAUGAAGAAGCUGCAGUUUGACACAUUCGAGAUGGUGUCUGAGGAUGAGGACGGCAAGCUGGUGUUCAAGGUGAACUACCACUACAUGUCUCAGGUGAAGAAUGCCAGUGAUGCCAACAGCGCGGCCCGCGCCCGCCGCCUGGCACAGGAAGCCGUCACACUCUCCACCUCCCUGCCCCUGUCCUCCUCCUCUUCUGUCUUCGUCCGCUGCGAUGAGGAGCGUCUGGACAUCAUGAAGGUCCUCAUCACAGGCCCGGCUGACACCCCUUAUGCAAACGGCUGCUUCGAGUUCGAUGUGUACUUCCCGCAGGACUACCCCAAUUCCCCUCCCCUCGUCAACCUGGAGACCACCGGUGGCCACAGCGUGCGCUUCAACCCGAACCUCUACAAUGAUGGCAAGGUGUGUUUAAGUAUCCUCAACACCUGGCAUGGGCGACCCGAGGAGAAGUGGAAUCCCCAAACCUCCAGCUUCUUGCAGGUGCUGGUGUCCGUACAGUCGCUGAUCCUGGUGGCAGAGCCCUACUUCAAUGAGCCCGGGUAUGAGCGGUCGAGGGGCACUCCCAGCGGCACACAGAGCUCCCGCGAGUACGAUGGCAACAUCCGCCAGGCCACCGUCAAGUGGGCCAUGCUGGAGCAGAUGAGGAGCCCCUCGCCAUGUUUCAAGGAGGUGAUUCACAAGCACUUUUACCUGAAGCGGGCGGAAAUCAUGGCUCAGUGUGAGGAGUGGAUCGCUGACAUCCAGCAGUACAGCAGCGACAAGAGGGUGGGCCGCACCAUGUCCCACCAUGCUGCCGCUCUGAAGAGGCACACGGCCCAGCUCCGUGAGGAACUGCUCAAGCUGCCCUGCCCUGAGGACCUGGAGCCCGAUGGAGAGGAGUUCUCUGAUAAGAGCUCCGCCCUCAUGACCCGGGAACUGCCUAACCAGGACAUGGAGAAGCCAAGCGGCAGCCAGGAUGCCCAUUGCAGUGACAGCCAGCUCUGAGUUCUGCCCCUCCUCCCAACUCUGACGGCUAUCUAAUAGACUUGACGGCUUUGAAGCACAAGCCAACAUUUUGUCAAUAUUUGUAUGUAAGAAUCUAAUUAUGUAAUAGCCUAAAAUAGAGGGAAAAAAAAAAACAAAACCAAGGUGAAACUGCUUAAAGGAAAAUUGCAAAUCCCUGAAACUAUGCUAUGCCCUUAAGGAAGUUCCGACAACACAAAUGACCUUUUAUUUACCUGUAAAGGAGUGUCAACUUUUUUGUGCUUUUAUUUUUCAAUUGUGAAAUAACCACUGAUUGGUAUGUUAUUAAACUUGUUUAUGUAUACAUUGAGAGGAAAUGACAGAAUCUAUAAGGGAAGUACCUUUAGAUAAGAAUGUUUACUGAAUGUUCAUUUUCAUUCUGACUGUUAGCACAGGACAGUAACCAAGAAGAUAUUGAUAAUUCUUUAAGAAAGACAAACUUUAGAAGAAAACCACACGUUCACUUUCUUCAAUUUGAAAUAUUCUGGUUGCCCAUUUACCUUGCUUACUUGAUUUCUACAGGAUCCUGUAAACUUCAAUAAAGGCUUAAAUGGACAUUCUUUACCGCUGUUUACUUGUCACACGUUUGCAGCCCAGAUUACGCAUGUGUUGAAAUUCAUACUGAUGCCCCCCCGCAUUUUUUUUUUUAUUUGCUGGGAUAUGUGGGUUUUUGGGUGUUUGGGUGGGGUAGGGGGCUUUGCUUGCACUAUCUCGGGGCUCCAUGGAUCGCCUCCAAACAGCUGACAAGCCACUUGCAAGAAGAUUUCUAUCUAGGAUUUUCUGUCUUGGCGCAAAGAGGCGAUCAGACAUUACACAAGAUUGUUAAAAACGCACAUUGCAGGCUGGACAUUUCAAUACUAAUCAAUGAGUGUGUGUUGUGCUUAGACUGUGUGAGAAGUAGGGGUUUUAUUUAUUUAUUUAUUUUUUGGUACACUUGGACACACAUUAGUCUUCUGUGGAGAAGCGCCUACAGCAAUGGCGCAGACUGUGCAAUCUGAAUAGGCGUUUAGAAAUGCUUUUCUCCUUCCUCUGGUUUGUUAUAAUCCCUGCACAUGUGUAAGAGUGUAAUCAAAUAUAUUUUAUUAAAUGGAUGCUUUUCAUAAUACA